GACCUCCAUCCCUCGUUCUUUAUUCUCUCUCUCUUUCUGCAAACAGUUUACCCCACAAACUUCCAAACAAAGAGAAUUAAUAGAAAGUGAGAUUUGCAAGAAUUAAAGGAACCUCUCAAACAUCAAUUAAAGCCAACUCUUAUAAUCUUAUAUAGUUGAUCAUAUUUAUGUGGCUACCAUGUUACUAUUAAUAAGUCUUCUCUUUGUUCAUCAUCAUCAUCAUGAUGUCAAAUCCCUCUUAUUCACAAUAUAAACCCAAGAUUCAAAACCACUUUUUCUCUUCUUUUUCUUCUUAUUUCAUCAUCAUAAUCAUCAUCAUCAUCAUCCAUGGCUUGUUUUGAGAUUUGUCCAAUAUUAUGACCAUGGUUCCUUCUCAGAGCAACAAACAAAAUUACAAAACUAUUAAUGGUGAUUAUGUUUUCUACAACAACAAUACAACAACAAGUGCUAUGAACCAAUUUCAAUUUGUUGAAGACUACAACAACUACAAUAAUUGUUUAAGAUCUGAAUUUUUGUUGAGGCACAUGGCUGAAGAAGAAGAAUCAUCAUCAAGACUCAACACUAUCACAACUACUCAUCACAACGAAUCUGAACCUGAACUCGAACCCGAACCAGAAACUAUUUCUACUUCAAAGGAAGAAGAAGAACAAGAACAAAAUAAUUCAAACAACAACAAUAAUUGGCUUCAACUAAGCAUAGGUAACACGGUCGUGACAACAACCUCAAAACACGACCGUGAUCACAACCAAGCUCCAACAACCAGUUCAGGUUUAUUGGAGCUUGAGUUAUUACCAACAAAUUGGACUUCUUCACGGCCCAAUUUAGAGCAACCAUCGAUUAGAGGUUGCUCAACUUUUAAUUCUUCUUUGUUUUUAGAACAAACAACAUCCUCUUCUUCUUCGUCAUCGAUGUCCAUAUCUAUGUCCAUGCCGAGCGGGCCAACAUACGGUCAUCAACAACAACAACAUCAACAUCUAGUACCACAUAACUGGGCAUUUGGUCCAUUACAUCUACCACAUUCUAUGGCAAUUAUGCAUUCUUCUACAUCUUAUAUUCCCUCUUUAUCUUCUUCGUCGCAAUCUUGCUCUUCUUUAAGGCCUUCUUUAGGACCUAAUUAUUAUCCUCAAUAUCAUCAUGCAUCACCCUUUUAUUUUCCUUCAUCAUCUUCAUCUUCUUCUGGAUUUGAUCAAUUUGAUGUGGCUGGACCUAGCUCAUCAUCUCAUAUCGCUUUUCGCGUAGUUGAUCCUCCUCGUAGACCUCAUUCCGGAAUUUGGUUUAUGCUACAAGCUUCACAAAACCAAGUGAAAGAACCAUGCUUGCCACAAAUACCUAAGAACUAUCUUAGAAUCAAAGAUGGAAGAAUGACAGUUCGGUUGCUGUUGAAGUAUUUGGUUAGUAAACUAAAGCUGGAGAGCGAAUCAGAGAUAGAGAUAACAUGCAGAGGACAACAACUUUUACCUUUCUUGACGUUGCAGCAUGUGAGGGAUAAUAUUUGGACCCCAAGGGACACUACAACAAGGCCUUUGCUUUCAGAUUCCUCAACAGCAGAUCAUGUUAUGGUGCUUCAUUAUGGUAGAAGCACUUCUUGAAAAAAGCACUUUUCAAAAUUAACAAGUGAAGGCCCUCAAGUAACUUAAAUUAAUGUGCCUCAUUGUAACCUUGUUAACUUAUCUAAACCCUUUUUUUUUUAGUUUUCCAAUUUUUUCUAUUUUGAUUAUUAUUUAUUUUGAUUUUAUUUCUUUUUUUUUUUGACAUGGCAUAUCAUGAGAAUUACAUUAUCCUCAAACAGUGUUUAUUCCAUUACUGUUAUGAGGUGAGGGCAUUUUUGUCCAAAAUUGUAUUCCCAUGUUGGGUGAAAGUGAGUGAGGAAUUUGCCAUCAAGUGUAAGUGUAUUACUAAGCACAAAACUCAAUCUAAUUUGAUAUACUAACCCAUUUUUCCUUUUCUAA